AUGGGCUGCUGUGGCUGCUCUGGAGGCUGUGGCUCUGGCUGUGGAGGCUGUGGCUCUGGCUGUGGAGGCUGUGGCUCCGGCUGCGGGGGCUGUGGCUCUGGCUGCUGUGUGCCCGUCUGCUGUUGCAAGCCCGUGUGCUGCUGUGUGCCAGCCUGUUCCUGCUCCAGCUGUGGCUCCUGUGGGGGUUCCAAGGGGGGCUGUGGCUCUUGUGGGGGCUCCAAGGGGGGCUGUGGCUCCUGUGGAGGAUCCAAGGGAGGCUGUGGCUCUUGUGGGGGCUCCAAGGGGUGCUGUGGCUCCUGUGGAGGAUCCAAGGGGGGCUGUAGCUCUUGUGGGGGCUCCAAGGGGGGCUGUGGCUCCUGUGGGGUCUCUAAGGGGUGCUGUGGCUCUGGCUGUGGGGGCUGUGGCUCCAGCUGCUGUGUGCCCGUCUGCUGUUGCAAGCCCAUGUGCUGCUGUGUGCCAGCCUGUUCCUGCUCCAGCUGUGGCUCCUGUGGAGGUUCUAAGGGGGGCUGUGGCUCCUGUAGCUGCUCCCAGUCCAGCUGCUGCAAGUCCUGCUGCUCCUCAGGCUGUGGGUCAUCCUGCUGCCAGUCCAGCUGCUGCAAGCCCUGCUGCUCCCAGUCCAGCUGCUGUGUCCCCGUGUGCUGCCAGUGCAAGAUCUGAUACUUGGCCCCAGACCUCAGAUGAAGGCCACGCUGUAUCUCAGACCUGUGAUGCAGUUGUGAGCUGUGCUCCUCUGGAAUAGGACAGUCCCCGGAAUCAGGAACAGAGCUUCCCAGCUCAUGACACAUCUUUGCCCUAGAAAUCCACUCCCCCUGUGCUUGGCACCAUCACCACACUGGGAAUCCUGGGGUGAGCCAUUUCCUCUGCUGCUCAUCGCCAAGUUCACCCCACUUGCUGGGGCCAUACUGCCCUGCCCUUCCUUCUUCCUCAGAGAGCUCCCCUUUCCCCCGUGCACCCCGACCAGUGCUGGAGCUCAGGGAGGCCCAGGAGGCGCAGGCACUUGACCAGUUCCAGAUCUGUGGCCUCUCCCGUGGACCCCACUCUCCCACUGAAACGCUCCCUUUGUUAUUUCUUAUCUGCUAAAGUCCAGCUGGACCCUUAAUCCUCUAAAUAAACACGCACCCCCCA